CUACUGUACUGGAGGGCUCGGGCGCCGCUGAGGGGGCGGGCGGGGAGCGGCGGCAGCCAUGGGCGAGACCGAGAAGCUUUAUUAUGUUUAUAGCUGCGACCUGGAUAUCAACGUGCAGCUCAAGAUAGGCAGUCUGGAAGGUAAAAGAGAACAGAAGAGUUACAAAGCUCUCUUAGAAGAUCCAAUGCUGAAGUUCUCGGGACUGUAUCAAGAAACUUGCUCUGACUUGUAUGUAACUUGUCAGGUGUUUGCAGAAGGGAAGCCUCUUGCUCUUCCAGUUAGGACUUCCUACAAAGCUUUUAGCACUAGGUGGAACUGGAAUGAAUGGCUGAAACUGCCUGUGAAGUAUCCAGACUUGCCUCGCAAUGCACAGGUGGCUCUGACCAUCUGGGAUGUGUACGGACCUGGUAAAGCAGUUCCUGUGGGAGGAACAACCGUCUCACUCUUUGGGAAAUAUGGUAUGUUUCGUCAAGGAAUGCAUGAUUUGAAAGUCUGGCCCAAUGUAGAAGCUGAUGGCUCGGAGCCCACCAAAACACCUGGGAGAACCAGCAGCACAGUCUCUGAAGAUCAAAUGAGCCGCUUGGCAAAGCUCACAAAGUCUCAUCGACAGGGUCAUAUGGUGAAAGUGGACUGGCUGGACAGACUGACCUUUAGAGAAAUAGAAAUGAUCAAUGAGAGGGAAAAACGAAGUUCUAAUUUUAUGUACCUGAUGAUUGAAUUCCGUUGUGUCAAGUGUGAUGAUAAAGAAUAUGGAAUAGUUUACUACGAAAAGGAUGGUGACGAGUCAUCUCAAAUUUUAACAAGUUCUGAAAUUGUUAAGAUUCCAGAUCCCCAGAUGUCUGUGGAGAACUUAGUAGAAAGCAAGCAUCACAAGCUUGCAAGAAGUUUAAGAAGUGGACCUUCUGAUCAUGACCUGAAGCCUAAUGCAGCUACACGAGAUCAGCUUAAUGUCAUAGUGAGUUAUCCACCAACAAAGCAGCUAACGUAUGAGGAACAGGACCUAGUUUGGAAAUUCAGAUAUUACCUUACUCAUCAGGAGAAGGCCUUGACAAAAUUCUUAAAAUGUGUCAACUGGGACCUACCACAAGAGGCAAAGCAAGCACUGGAGCUGCUGGGCAAGUGGAAGCCCAUGGAUGUGGAAGACUCUCUAGAACUUCUGUCAUCUCACUUCACCAACCCAACAGUUCGGCGCUAUGCUGUUGCCAGGCUUCAGCAGGCUGAUGAUGAGGAUUUGCUGAUGUAUCUACUACAGUUAGUCCAGGCAUUGAAAUAUGAAAACUUUGAUGACAUAAAGAAUGGACUGGAACCUAGCAAGAGGGACAGUCAAGGUUCAAUGGCAGAAAGCAUGACAACAUCUGGAAGUAAUGGUGCAGAAUUAGACAGUUCCCAGAUCAUGAGUCCCAUUCCACCCGUUUCCUCACCGCCUCUUACUUCCAAGACAAAGGAGCUUGCAGAUAAUGAGAGCCUUGAUCAAGACCUCUGCACUUUCUUGAUUUCACGAGCAUGCAAAAAUUCGACGUUGGCAAACUACUUAUAUUGGUAUGUAAUAGUGGAGUGUGAAGACCAAGAUACUCAGCAGAGGGACCCAAAGACUCACGAAAUGUACUUAAAUGUGAUGAGAAGAUUUAGUCAGGCUUUGCUGAAGGGUGAUAAGUCUGUCAGAGUCAUGCGUUCGUUGUUGGCAGCCCAGCAGACAUUUGUAGAUCGUCUGGUUCAUGUAAUGAAAGCAGUGCAGCGUGAAAGUGGGAAUCGUAAGAAGAAGAAUGAGCGGCUUCAGGCAUUGUUAGCCGAUAAUGAAAAGAUGAAUUUAGCAGAUAUGGAACUUAUUCCACUUCCUCUGGAACCUCAGGUGAAAAUUAAAGGGAUAAUCCCUGAAAAAGCCACACUCUUCAAGAGUGCCUUAAUGCCUGCUCAGUUAUUCUUCAAGACAGAAGAUGGAGGCAAAUAUCCUGUAAUUUUUAAGCACGGUGAUGAUUUACGUCAAGAUCAACUUAUUCUUCAGAUUAUUUCACUCAUGGAUAAGCUGUUAAGAAAAGAGAAUCUGGAUUUGAAGCUGACACCCUAUAAAGUGCUGGCAACUAGUACAAAACAUGGCUUUAUGCAGUUUAUUCAAUCAGUACCAGUUGCAGAAGUUCUUGCAACAGAGGAAAGCAUACAGAACUUCUUCAGAAAACAUGCACCUAGUGAGACUGGGCCUCAUGGAAUAAGUGCAGAGGUGAUGGACACAUAUAUUAAAAGCUGUGCUGGUUACUGUGUAAUUACAUACAUCCUUGGAGUUGGAGAUAGACAUCUGGAUAAUCUUCUGCUCACAAAAACAGGUAAACUAUUCCACAUUGACUUUGGUUAUAUUUUGGGACGGGACCCUAAGCCUCUACCUCCCCCAAUGAAGCUGAAUAAGGAGAUGGUGGAAGGUAUGGGAGGCACGCAGAGUGAACAGUACCAGGAGUUCCGUAAGCAGUGCUACACAGCCUUUCUCCAUCUCCGCAGGUAUUCCAACUUGAUCUUGAACUUAUUUUCUCUCAUGGUGGAUGCCAACAUUCCAGAUAUUGCUCUUGAACCUGACAAGACUGUCAAAAAGGUGCAGGACAAAUUUCGUUUGGACCUGUCUGAUGAAGAAGCUGUCCAUUAUAUGCAGAGUCUAAUUGAUGAAAGUGUCCAUGCCCUCUUUGCAGCUGUGGUGGAGCAGAUACACAAGUUUGCACAGUACUGGAGAAAAUAAGUCUUUUGCCUGCCUGCCUUGGAAACAAGUAAAUGUUCAAGAAAGAAACUUUCUCAAGCCCUUGUGGACUUCACGCAACAAUUUUGGAAGGCAAAAGCUAUGGGUUUGGCAGUACGGAGAAUUGAGAGCUCAAGAAGUAGAGAACCUUUUUGAGAGUCCAUUCGCUGAAGGCUGUUCUAUCCUUGGGGCUUAGAUGCUGUAACAUUUCUUUCCAGUGAAAAUAUUUGAGGCUCAAAGUUUUGUAAGCAACUUACUCUCAAGCCAAAGAUAACUGAAGGAGGGUGGAUUUGAUGGUAAAUUCUUGUACCUGUUAAUAUAUUUUCUUAUUUAGCAAAAGAAAUCGUUGCUAUGCUGAGCAUGAAUAUGUAUUAAGUUACAACAGCGAGGCUACAGUUCCUUGGUGCAGAAAAAAAACACAAAAUUAUGGUCAUCUCUUCCCACCAGCGUUGUUUUUUGAGUAAGUUUGAAAUGCAAUUUGUAUGUCCUUUAUUCCCCACCUUGGGCAAUGGUAUCAUUUAGAAAGGAAAAUAAUUUCUUACCCGCUUACAAUAAUAUCUUCAAGUGCUGAUCAGUUAGCCAGCUGACAGCUGCCAGUUAAGCCAUCACUAACAGGCUCAGCAACUGGAACGCACAGUGAGCAGUUCAGUAUUUCACACUUUAACUCGAAAGGUUUUCUGUAUGGUGAUAAUAUAUUCUUCAAUCUAAUAAACUCUCUGUUCUUGCA